GACCCGAGUACAGCUGCUGACUCAGCGACAAGUCCUUAUACUUAACGUAUGAUGUCUCUGAAUGCACAAAUCACACCAUGUCUACUACAACAAUCGUAUCAGCCCCGGGAAAGGUUCUAGCAGCAGGAGGAUAUCUUGUCCUCGACCAGCAAUAUCCAGGGGUAGUGAUCUCCACAUCUUCGCGAUUUUACACUGUCAUCCAGGCUUCGUCGGGUUCUGCGAAUCAGAUCGUGGUCCGAUCUCCUCAGUUUCAUCAGGCCGAGUGGAGAUAUACCGUCACCUACAAUGCUGGGGGCAUUCAGGUAAAUCCGCAAGAGGACAGCAUUGGGGGGAAGAAUAAGUUUGUUCACUUGGCACUCCAGCACACCCUGAAUCUCGUGUCGGAGAUUCAUUCUGUAGCCCAAGUGCAAGAGAGGCUCCUUCGUGGUCUCGAUAUAGCUGCUGUGGGUGAUAACGACUUCUACUCUCAGCGCGCACAACUGGAAUCGUUAGGUCUGCCUAGAACAACAAAAUCCCUCUCGCAAAUCACUCCUUUUUGUCACAACGGCGUGAAACUGACCGAUGUGCACAAAACUGGCAUGGGCUCCUCUGCAGCGCUUAUCACGUCGCUCGUCUCCGCGCUGCUUCUCCAUUUUGCAGCCAUAACUGAGGCAGAUUUUGCCAACCUAGAUGGGGAUGGCAGACGCCUCGCUCACAACGCUGCUCAAUUUGUCCACUGCUUUGCCCAAGGUAAAGUGGGCAGCGGAUUUGACGUGUCUUCCGCGGUGUUCGGGAGCCAGAUCUACAGGCGAUUCGGCCCUGCCGUUUUGGAACCCCUGAUGAAAGGCGAAUUUGCGACAGGCACAUUGAAGAGUGUUCUGAACUCCAGUGCCUGGGACUACAGUUUCCGGCCGAUCCAACUCCCCCCGCUGACAAGACUGGUAUUGGCAGACGUUGAAGCAGGAAGUGAUACUCCUUCUUUGGUUGGUAAGGUUUUAAAAUGGAGAGGGCAUGAAGACAGCUGUGAAACAGCAAAGGAUCUAUGGACGCAGAUUGACGAAUCGAACCAAUCUCUAGCGCGGCAAUUGGACGCCCUUUGUCAGUCGUAUGUUCAGAACAAAGAUGUAUACGAACAGACCAUCAGGCAACUCGCUUCUCUACCUGCACAGGAAUGGGAGAGUAUCUCCAAAGCGUUUUAUGAUCUGCAUCAAACUACCCAGCGAAUACGUAACCUCAUGCGGAGAAUGGGUGACCUUGCUGGCGUUGAAAUUGAACCUGAGCAACAAACUCACCUACUUGACCAAUCGAUCGAGCAGGCAGGUGUCGUCGGUGGUGGUGUUCCAGGCGCCGGCGGAUAUGAUGCCAUUUGGCUGCUAAUCUGCAGCCCGCCAAACCUUCCGGACGAGCAACAACCCCUGCGCCGAGUUGAAACCGUAUGGAGCACCUUCAAUGAAUCCAACGUAACCCCUCUUCUUGCUCAGGAAAGCGUCGCCAAAGGUGCUCGCGUUGUGCAGCUCGACGAAAUACCAGGGCUCAGGGAAGCAAUUCAACGGCGAUGAUUCAUUCUAAAUAGAUGUUCCUAUCCUAGUGUCCGAGCCGCGCAUUACUUACGACUCUAGAUGUAUGAAUGUGCAAGCCUGUAGUUGUAUUAAAACGAAGAUCAUGCCAUACACAUCUUUGGC